AUGGCGGAGAUGAAGAGGAUGGAGGACGUGUUUGCCUACUACGACGAGAGGAUGAAAAAGCCGGGGCCGAGUUGUAGCAACGAGAAGUUCGAGGAGGACGUGAAGUACGCGACAGCGUUGAAUAGAAGGAUCGCUAAUGCCAUUGGGAUUUGGCCGAUUUUCACCAGUACCGGGGCUAGACUGGGGUUCGAUAUUUGCGUCAAGACGCUCAAAAACGCCGCCGUCUACAUUCUGCUGAGCUUUCUCCUCGUGCCGGGGAUUCUCCACAUCGUCGUCGAGGAGGGUAAACUCAAGGCGAAGAUUCUCAAGACAGGCCCGAUGAUCCUGAACACCAUGGCCCUGCUGAAGUACUCGGUGAUGCUGUUCCGCAAGAGUCAGAUCCAGGAGUGUCUGAAACAACUGGAGUCCGACUGGCGAAAAGCGGGCAACGACGAGCUCCGGGCCCUUAUGCGUCGCAACACAGCCGUAGGUCAUCGCCUGAGUCGAGUCUGCGUCGCGACCUUCUACGUCGGUGGUAUCUUCUACCGUCUGAUCAAGACCCUACUGACGCCGAUCCGGUACACCAAAGACGGUCUGAUGAUCAAACCGCUGCCCUCGCCGCUGUACAAGGGCUUGUUCCGCUUCAACACCAGCGCCAGUCCCGUCUACGAGACGAUCUUCGCUACGCAGAUGAUGAGCGGAUUCGUGGUGCACUCGACCACCGUAACCACUUGCAGUUACGCGGUCCUUCUGGCGACGCAUGCCUGUGGCCAGCUCGAUAUAGUUGUGUACCUGUUGAAGAGGCUGAUCGAGGAUGACGGGGACAAUGGGAGGCUGACGCGGGUAGGGAAUGAGGCUGUUGACAGGAAGCUCAGAGUCAUCGUUCAGCUGCACUUGAAGGUUUUGCGCUUCAUCUCGAGUGUGGAGGAUCUCAUGAACCAGAUCUGCCUCGUGGAGAUACUCGGCGGAAGCACGAUUCUCUGCCUGACGAGCUUUUACUUCAUCGUGGAUCUGCAAAGCAACGACGCUCUGGGCCUCUUCACCUACAUGGUAAUGAUCACAUCGCUCAUAGCCCUGCUCUUCACCUACUGCUACGUCGGCGAGAUCGUCAGCGACAAGGCGAAAAAAGUCGGAGCGAAAACUUACAUGAUAAACUGGUACGAUUUGCCGCCGAAAAAGGGACUGUGCAUCGGUUUGAUCAUAUCCGUCGCUCAUAGUCCCGUCCAACUCACCGCCGGAAAAAUGCUGGAACUGUCGAUGUACAAUUUCGGAUGCAUAAUGAAGUCGACCGCAGGCUACUUGAACUUACUGCGUACGAUUACGGAUUGA